UCCCUCUAUCCUUGUAUUAACAAGGUCGGGAAAGUUCCCCUCGGCCAUCCUAAAAUCAUCACGGAAAACUUUGACAACAUUGAAGAAUACGAAGGGUUGAUCCUAUGCAAGAUGUCGCCACCAAGAGAUUUAUUCGUACCCGUUCUUCCCUUCCGAACCAAUGGGAAAUUGUUGUUUCCGUUAUGCCGCACGUGCGCUAAGGAAUCGUCAAAAGAAAAGUGUAGUCAUGGCGACAACGGAAGGGCCAUCACUGGCACGUGGGUGACUGACGAAGUGAAGACAGCCAUCAGGAAAGGAUACCGCUUGUUAGAGACAUAUGAAGUAUGGCAUUUCGAAAACAUUUCACAAUACGACACUGUGUCAAAAACUGGGGGUGUAUUCACUGAUUAUGUCAACACCUUCUUGAAGUUAAAACAGGAAGCUAGUGGGUGGCCAAAAUAGUGUCAAACUGAGCACGAUAAACAGAAAUACGUCAAGGACUACUACGACAGAGAAGGGAUACUUCUGGACAGGGAAAACAUCAAGAAAAAUCCCGGACUGAAAAAACUGGCCAAGCUCAUGCUUAACAGUUUCUGGGGUAAAUUUGGUCAGCGAACAAACUUGAUCCAGUCAUCUUAUAUUUCGGAUCCGUGCGAGUACUUUGACAUGAUGUCAAGUGAUAGUCAAAUUGUGAAAGAUGUCAACAUCGUAUCAGAUCAGAUGGUGAGGAUGGACUGGAAUUACAACAGCGAUUUUCUGACAGCUUCUGGCCGCACCAAUGCUGUGGUCGCCGCCUACACAACGGCACAGGCAAGACUCAAACUGUAUAGCUACCUGGAAACACUGGACCGACGGGCCCUUUACUGUGACACAGAUUCGGUGGUAUUUACGGUCGAACCUGGGCAAUGGGAGCCCGAGCUCGGAGACAAUCUUGGUGAUCUCACUGAUGAGGUUGAAGGAUCAAGCAUUGUGACCUUUGUCACUGGAGGUCCAAAAAACUACGCAUAUACUCUCUCAAAACCAAACAGAGAUGGUGAAAUGAGUUGCUGCAAGGUUCGGGGGAUAACUCUGAAUUAUAAAAACUCCCUAGAAAUCAAUCAUGAAACAGUGAAAGAUAUGGUUUGUGGAAAGAAGGAAAAGGUCACGGUGUGUGAUGAUCUUAAAAUUUGCCGUGACAAACAAUCAUGUAACCUCUUAACAAAAAUAGAAACCAAAGACUAUAAAAUUGUGUUUGACAAGCGCGUCAUUUCAGACAAGUAUGUCACUCUUCCAUAUGGAAUGUAAAAAUAUACUUACAGGUAGAAAACGUUAAUUCCACAAAACACCAUGUAGACCUUUCAUGACACCCGAAUUCAACUUACGUAGCAAUUGUUUUUAUAUGAUAUUGUACCAGUUCUAU